AUGACAAGCAUAGCAAAGCUUCCAACCGAAUUACUUGAGCAAAUGAUUUCAUACUUGGAUUAUCCAUCAUUAUUAAAUUGUCGGUAUCAAAAUCAUAAAUUCUUUUCUUUAACGAUUCCAUUGGUUUGGAAGAAUUUAGGUGAAUGUUAUUGGGGAAGUACAGCGAAAACCCCCUUACGUUGGCAUUUAAUCUCAAACACAUUAUCCUCAUCCGAGUAUAAUUUCGUUAAUUACGCAAAUUUCGUACAAAAGAUCGAUUUAUCUUGCACUUUUUCCCCCGCUUUUCGCAUACCAAAGCAAACUUUACUUCAUUUACUCAUUCAUGGUAUUAAGCUUCGAGAGAUUUACUUUGAGUAUCAUAAAGAAUCUUCUAACCUUGAACCUUUUGAAUGUUUAAAUGAAAUUAAUUCCCCCUCCUUUACUGAUCAUCAUGACAAUUCGUUACAACUCAAUGCGCCGAUACGUAAAGUCACGAUGAAAUUAUAUAGCGUAUCACCAACUUUAAUCAUCUCUUUGUUCUCAAAAUAUAUUAAAACUUUAGAAGAAUUGACCUUAAAGAUCAUGUACGAAUUAAAUCCUUUACCUAUGGAUGAUUUAAGAUUUUUGGUGAUCAAUAAUCAAAACUUAAAACACAUGGAAUUGUUUACUUUACAAGGUGCAAGGGUUCUUGAUGAGGAAAAUUUGAAUAAAUUCAGGUCAAAUGGUGAGUUACCUAACGCUGACUAUUGGUGGACCGAUGGGAUAAUUUAG